GUGAUGUCAUCAGAGGUCCUUUCUCUUCCUGAAAUCUAGCAGCUUCUUUGGGAAAAGAAGACAUCCAUGUAAGCAGCGUUUGGAUGCAUCAUCAGACGGAUUGCCAUCAGGACAGUCCUUCUGUAGGGGAAGUGCCAUGAUUCUGCUGUACCUGAACUUGGGGACUUGGUUACUCUUCAUAUCAUCAGCCAGGGCAAGUCCUGCGGAUGAAAGUGCAGCAAGGGGAGGCCACACUGAUCAAGGGGACCCCGCUUUGGAUGAGAAACACCAGGACACCUAUGGCACCUUUGCGUCUGAAUUUUAUGACUUGAGAUAUCUUUCAGAAGAAGGAUAUCCUUUCCCCACUGCUCCUCCAGUAGAUCCAUUUGCAAGGAUACGUGUGGAUGACUGUGGUAAAACUAAAGGAUGUUUUAGGUAUGGCAAACCAGGGUGUAAUGCGGAGACCUGUGAUUACUUUCUCAGCUAUCGUCGUAUUGGUGCCGAUGUGGAGUUUGAGCUCAGUGCUGACACUGAUGGAUGGGUAGCUGUUGGGUUUUCUUCAGACAAAAAAAUGGGAGGCGAUGAUGUCAUGGCCUGUGUGCAUGAUGAUAAUGGGAGAGUACGCAUCCAGCAUUUUUAUAAUGUUGGCCAGUGGGCUAAAGAAAUUCAGAGAAAUCCAGCUAGAGAUGAGGAAGGUGUGUUUGAAAACAAUCGAGUGACUUGUCGGUUUAAACGCCCUGUGUAUGUUCCCAGAGAUGAGACAAUAGUGGAUUUGCACUUAAGCUGGUACUAUCUGUUUGCCUGGGGACCAGCAAUUCAAGGUUCUAUAACGAGACAUGAUAUUGAUGCCCCUCCAGUUUCAGAGAAUGUUGUGAGCAUUUACCGUUAUGAGGAUAUUUUUAUGCCUUCAGCAGCCUACCAAACCUUCUCUUCUCCUUUCUGUCUUCUGCUGAUUGUUGCUUUGACCUUUUAUCUGCUAAUGGGAACCCCCUAAGACUACGGUUGUUAACCUUUGGAAAUUACACACGUUAUGAGGAGUUAUUGUUCUAGAUAUUUUCUGCUGAUAUCUUCUGCUGGGACAAUCGGUUAUAUGUUACAGGUUAUUCUAGCAGUGAUUUAUAAAAUUGAAGAUGCAGAAGGUGGAUGUUAUGCAAUCAAGAACAUGUGCCAAGACAAUGAGCAAUGUACUGUAGGUGUUAAACUGUUUAACGAUAACCAUGCAUUAUACAAUCUCCUCUAGAUCUACCAUCAACUAUGUAGUGCAAGGGCCUGCCUGAUUUGACACUAGAUUAAUUGGUUGCUUAGGUUUGUCCUCAUAUUGCAAAGUUUUGGUAGCGCUAAAGGAGAUUAAAGUAGAACUAACUGCAAAACUUUUUUGUUUAAUUUUUUGGAUAGAGUAAGGAAGGGUUAUACCUCUUUA